UGGUGUCGAUACAUUGUAGUUGAGCUUCAUCUCAAAAUGCUUCUUAAGCUGCGAUAUCAUCAGUAUGUGGCAUUAUUGUUUUGUGUCCUGGUAUUGAGUCAACAAGUUGUUGGUAAAGCGGAAAGGAAACGAUACGAAAGCGCGUUUGAAAAUCUGUUUCGUCGAGGCAAAGAUGCCAUAAAUCAACUGUCUGGAUUUCACAUAGCGGUCGAAAACAACAAAGAAUUGCACCAAACAAUGACGAAAAUCAAGCAUUUUGUGAAAACAAAUCCCGACAAAGUUGGUCUUGGUAUUGGGUUGGCGGCUUCGAGUUGGCUUCUUUAUCAAAGCGUUAUUCUCGCUAAUGAAACCCAGAGAUUUUUCGACGAAAUUGAAGAACUCAAAGGUCAAUUUAACAAGUAUUAUUUACAAGAAGUACCAAAGCUAGAAGAUUUAUUCAGGAAGACAAGAGAUCAACUUUACGAGAACGACCAAGAAAAACGGAAAGAACACUUCCGCACUAUUUACAAACAUCUGAUGAAAUACUUUCAAGACCUGCAACGCAUCAUGGAUAAUGUAAAUGACAUUAUUAGUGACGUCAAUAAAGCGAGGGUGGAUGGUGUCAUCAGCACAGUAGCCUCUGGCACAGUACAACUGUUUCUUAUGUCAGUCUUUAGCUAGACGACUAAAGCAUAAUUUAUAGCCUCCUCCRMAGGCAUCACAAAGAAUCACGGGCUUCCUGUCUUUUCUUAUUUCCUCCUUCGGGCUUCAUUUGUAACGGUCAUAUUGAGCGCUAGGGACUACUGAAAAGGAAAAGUUCUCCCUCUUCUCUUCAGACUACCAGCAAAACAAAAAACAAMAAAAAAAUCAAACAAGAAUUCCGUGACUCUUUGUAAUGUCUGCGGAGGAGUCUAUAAUAAAUAUUUCAUUGUACGCCAUUAACAACAGUCAACUUUAGAUAUUUUGGUUCAGUGACCA